AUGUCUCUUCAACUGUCGGGGCUGAGGGACAGCUCCAACUUGCUUGGCAGCAAGAACAAGCUGCUUGUCGCAAACAGAGGUGAAAUUCCGAUCAGAAUUUUCCGUUCUGCCCACGAGCUGUCGAUGAAGACGGUGGCAGUGUAUUCUCGCGAAGACCGUCUCUCGAUGCACCGUCUCAAAGCUGACGAGGCGUACAUGAUCGGCGAACAGGGCCAGUACACACCCGUCGGUGCUUAUUUGGCGAUUGACGCGAUCCUGGACAUUGCCAAACGGCACGAGGUCGAUUUCAUUCACCCAGGUUACGGGUUUUUGUCAGAGAACUCUGAGUUUGCUAAGAAAGUUGCCGAGUCUGGAAUCACGUGGGUUGGGCCGCCUGCAGAGGUAAUCGACUCCGUCGGUGACAAAGUAUCUGCACGCAACCUGGCCGAGCGCGCCAACGUGCCCACCGUUCCCGGUACGCCCGGUCCCAUCGAGACCGUUGAAGAAGCUCAGGCUUUUGUUGCCAAGUAUGGAUUCCCUGUGAUCAUCAAGGCCGCUUACGGUGGUGGUGGCCGUGGUAUGCGUGUUGUCCGCGAGGGCGACGACAUCGCAGAUGCCUUCCAACGUGCUAAGUCUGAAGCUACGACUGCUUUUGGCAAUGGUACUUGUUUCAUCGAGCGUUUCCUUGUUCAGCCAAAGCACAUCGAGGUGCAACUUUUGGCAGACAAAUAUGGAAACGUGGUUCACCUGUUCGAAAGAGAUUGUUCUGUGCAAAGGAGACAUCAAAAAGUCGUUGAGGUUGCUCCUGCCAAGACUUUACCAAAAAGUGUGCGGGAUGCCAUUUUGACCGAUGCCGUUCGUUUGGCAAAGGAGGCUGGCUACGUCAACGCCGGUACCGCUGAAUUUUUGGUUGACAACCAAAACAGACACUACUUCAUCGAAAUCAACCCAAGAAUUCAAGUCGAGCACACCAUCACCGAAGAAAUUACUGGUAUCGAUAUCGUAGCUGCUCAAAUUCAAAUUGCUGCUGGUGCAUCGCUAGAGCAGCUGGGCCUUCUCCAAGACAAGAUCACCACACGCGGUUUUGCUAUUCAAUGUCGUAUCACAACUGAAGACCCGGCCAAAAACUUCCAACCAGAUACCGGUCGUAUUGAGGUCUAUCGUUCCGCAGGUGGUAACGGUGUUAGAUUGGACGGUGGUAACGCCUACUCGGGUGCUGUCAUCUCUCCCCACUAUGACUCUAUGCUGGUCAAGUGUUCUUGUUCGGGCUCAACUUAUGAGAUCGUCCGCCGCAAAAUGCUAAGAGCUUUGAUCGAGUUCAGAAUUAGAGGUGUGAAGACCAAUAUUCCUUUCUUGUUGACGUUGUUGACUCACCCAGUUUUCAUUAGCGGUGAGUACUGGACCACUUUUAUCGACGAUACCCCUAAAUUGUUUGAGAUGGUUUCUUCUCAAAACAGAGCCCAGAAGUUACUGCAUUAUUUGGCUGAUCUUGCCGUAAACGGAUCGUCCAUUAAGGGCCAAAUGGGUUUGCCUAAGCUGCAUACUCAGCCUACUAUUCCUCACCUACACGAUGCGCAUGGCAAUGUCGUGGACGUUCUAACCACGCCACCUCCAGCUGGCUGGAGACAGGUUCUUUUGGAGAAAGGGCCUGUCGAGUUUGCUAAAGAGGUGCGCGCAUUUCAGGGUACGUUGUUGAUGGACACCACCUGGAGAGACGCUCACCAAUCGUUGCUAGCAACCAGGGUCCGUACUUACGACCUUGCUGCUAUUGCUCCAACGACAGCCCAUGCUUUGGCCGGUGCCUUUGCAUUGGAGUGUUGGGGUGGUGCUACUUUUGAUGUGGCAAUGCGUUUCCUACACGAAGACCCUUGGGAGCGUCUGAGAACAUUGAGAAAACUCGUUCCAAACAUUCCUUUCCAAAUGUUGCUACGUGGUGCGAACGGUGUCGCCUACUCCUCUCUCCCAGACAAUGCAAUUGACCAUUUUGUUGCGCAAGCAAAGGCUAAUGGUGUUGACAUCUUCAGAGUCUUCGACGCUUUGAAUGACCUCGAACAACUCAAGGUCGGUGUCGAUGCUGUCAAGAAAGCUGGAGGUGUUGUUGAAGCUACUCUCUGUUACUCUGGUGACAUGUUGCAACCUGGCAAGAAGUACAAUCUAGAUUAUUAUCUAGAAUUGACCGAAAGGAUUGUCCAGAUGGGCACACACAUAUUAGGAAUCAAGGAUAUGGCUGGUACUUUGAAACCCUCCGCUGCUAAGCUAUUAAUUGGCUCUAUCAGGGCCAAAUUCCCAGACUUACCCAUCCAUGUCCACACCCAUGACUCUGCUGGUACUGCUGUUGCUUCAAUGGUUGCUGCCGCUUACGCAGGAGCCGAUGUGGUUGAUGUUGCCACCAACUCCAUGUCUGGCCUAACAUCUCAACCGUCAAUCAACGCUUUGCUAGCUUCUCUAGAUGGCGAGAUCGACACAAACAUUAACGUCAAUGAGGUUCGCGAGCUAGAUGCCUACUGGGCUCAAAUGAGACUAUUGUAUUCUUGCUUUGAGGCCGAUCUAAAGGGUCCAGAUCCGGAAGUUUACCAGCACGAAAUUCCUGGUGGUCAACUUACUAACCUUUUGUUCCAAGCUCAGCAGCUCGGUCUUGGCGAGCAAUGGGCAGAGACAAAGAAAACCUACCGUGAGGCUAACUACUUGCUCGGUGACUUGGUCAAAGUUACGCCAACUUCUAAAGUCGUUGGAGAUCUUGCUCAAUUUAUGGUUUCUAAUAAGUUGACUCCUGAUGACGUGAAAAGAUUGGCUUCUUCCCUCAACUUUCCUGACUCAGUUAUGGACUUCUUCGAAGGGUUAAUCGGUCAACCUUAUGGUGGUUUCCCAGAGCCACUAAGAAGCGACAUUUUGAGAAAUAAGAGAAGAAAGUUGACAUGCCGCCCUGGCUUGGAACUGGCACCUUUUGAGCUCGAGAAAAUCAAGGAGGACUUGCAAUCCAGAUUUGGGGACAUUAGUGAAUGCGAUGUUGCUUCCUACAAUAUGUAUCCAAAAGUUUACGAGGAUUUCCGCAAGAUGAGAGAAGUUUACGGAGAUCUCUCCGUUUUGCCUACCAAGAACUUUUUGUCUCCACCAAAAGUCGGCGAGGAAAUCGUUGUCACCAUCGAGCAAGGUAAAGUGCUCAUUAUCAAGCCUCAAGCUAUUGGUGAUUUGAACACAGAAACUGGCAUGAGGGAGGUGUAUUUCGAAAUGAACGGUGAACUCAGAAAGGUAGCCGUCUUGGACAAGUCACAGAAGCUUGACACAGUAACUAAACAAAAGGCUGAUGCUCAUGAUCCAUACCAAGUCGGCGCCCCAAUGGCUGGUGUUGUCAUUGAAGUGAAGGUACACAAGGGCUCUCUAGUUAAGAAGGGUCAGCCUAUUGCUGUUUUGAGUGCCAUGAAAAUGGAAAUGGUGAUUUCUUCCCCAACAGAUGGUCUAGUCAAAGACGUUUUCGUCAAGGAUGCCGAAAAUGUUGACGCUUCUGAUCUGCUGGUAUUGCUAGAAGAAUCUGUCCCACCCAAAGAAUAA